CACGGUACUCUCACAAUCUUUGUUGGACUCAGUGGCAGAGUCUCAAGUGAUCAAGGCUAAGAUGGCGUCGUAUCUCAAGAGCUACGUGUUCCCUCUGGCGCUAACGGCCGCGUGGAAAGAAGAGAUCUCGAGCAAGACGCGCGAGAAGCUGACAGAGAUGCUUGGUGUCGAGGUGGACAACGUCAUGGCGGUGCGUACGAUACCGAGUUUAGACUAAUAAUUAGUGUGGGGGGUGGCGUUCCUUUUGCGCCUUCUUUCCUGCCUCUAGAUAGCGAACUCCACUGCGUUUUAGAGUCCAAAUAUCGGCGAGGCGACGGGAGGUGGCGGCGCUGGGCCAGAGGGACGGACGGAUUAAGUGGCUUGCCUUCAUCCGUCUCUGUAUAUGGAGCUUUGUAUGCUUGUGAAAAGACGCUAAAAGAGGGUUUAAACUGGACCCCCAAUUAGGAGUACGAGGUAGCGCCACCCCAGACGAAAAGAGACCAGAGGCAUGACGUCCCUUGUGUAUUGUAUUAUGACGACGACGACUACAGGAAUACGUGAUCGUCAUGGUGGGCAACAAGAAAAACAUGGAGCAGAUCGCCCACGACCUCGUGGACUUUAUCGGUGACGAGUCAGCCGAGCAGUUCGUGGCUUGGCUCAGUCAAUUGCUGCCUACUUUUGAGGCCCGAGCUCACGAUACUCCGGCCAAGGAGGUCUCCCGGCCUCAGGCAGAAGAAGCUCCGGUACAAGAGGAGCAGAAGGAGGAGACUGCCCCGCCCAAACGCGUUAUCAUUUUGAAGGGGUUAUCUUCUUCCUCGUCCGAACCGCCCAAGAAGUUGGUGUCGCUCAGUGGAAAUCGAGGCACGAUCCGCUCUUUGAACCCAUCGAAGACCGAGAUGGACGAUGUGAUCGCUCGACGAGCUCAGCGGUUUGGUAUCGUGGAGAAGAAACCAGCAGCCAAGAAAUCUCCAACGUCGUCAGGAAAGGAGGAUCGCCAUCAACGUGAUGAAGCGAAAACGACAGGAACCAAGCGGAGAGCAAACGAGCGGGAUGGAGGCAGAGAAGGGAGCAGUCUGUUGUCAAAGCGACUAGGACCCCCGAUUAAUGUUGACCAGGCUGAGUUGGACGCUCGUGACUCCAUUGGCUCCCACAAGAAGCGACGUGGUGAUCGUGACCGUGAAGAGAAGCAGCACAGCGGAGGACGUGGUAACCGGAGAAACGACCGAGACCAUGACAUGGAAGGCGACGGCCGCAAUGAAAAGCGCAGAAGUAACCGCGACGUGGCGCCACCUUUGCCGCCGUCGGACGAGAAGGAUGACUUUAAAGGAAAGCAAGGCUAUGGCCAAGGUAUGGGCCCGCCGAUGGGCUUCCAGGGCGGCCCGAUGGGCUACGGCGGCUAUCCUCCGCCGUAUGGAGGCCCGAUGUUCUACCCUCCACCAGGCUUUGGACCUAUGAACCCGUACGCGAUGGGCUUUCCGCCUCAAGGUAUGCCGCCGUAUGGUGGCCGCGGCUACCCUCGACCGAUGCAGAACGGUCCUCGCGGUGCACGACCAUUCCAGAACCGCAAGUGGGUUAACCCGAACGUCGCGAAGACAGAGGAAGCAAAAACCAACGAAGACAAGCCAGAGUCGGAUACUACAGGUAAUGAGGCGAGUGGUGCUUCACAAAACGCCGGCUUGAACGCUGGAGCACCAGCCUUUGCGCCACGCAACCCGUACUAUUCAUCGCAGAUGCGUCCGCGCUUCCAGAACAAGACGUGGGUGCGACAGGACCCUGCCAAGGAUGAGGAGCUGAACUCGAGCCUACCCAAGACUCCGCCCAAGGAACUGCUGGAGAGCACGGAAUAAAUGGAGAUCCAGCUCCUUUGAUCGCGCGAUUGGCACCUAUUAGAGGACAACCAAGCUGGUCAAGCCGAGACACCAGCCAAGCAAGCUUCAAUGGGUGGACUACGUUACUUGUGACCACAGUAAACCGAAGUUACAAGAGUGGCAAUGGCUUGUCCUGCCACCAGCAACUCGCGCAACAUAAGGUGAAAUAAAGGGCUGCUCUCGGCUAGGAUUUUCCCAUUUAGUCUCAUAAUCUUUCGUCGCUUAUGUUAACGACGAGAACGACCCCAACCUUUACGGGCAGCAGAUGCGGCGGCUCCACGCUUCGGUUCUUGAGACUGCGACUGGGAGGCUGCCACCAUUGACAAGGGCAGUUUGCGUCGCGUUGAACCUCCUGCACGAGCUUGAGACAUCUGUGACUGGGACUGGGACUGAGAUUGCGAUGGAUCAACGAUAUCUUGACCACGAGCGUCUGCAAGUUGCGUGAACUGCUGAUCCUCUUCGACAUCAUCAAUUUCGUCGUUCUUCUGCUGUUGCUUCUUGAACAAAUUGUCGAUCUUGUGUUGCUGGGAAAUCGUGGUCUUAGUGGGCCUCGCUCGCUUUUUAGGUGCUGGCUUUUCGUUUUCAGAGUCUGAGCACAAAUCGAGCACCUCACUUGCUUGUGAGUCACGGGGAGCUGAACGCUUGGUCGAAGCAGCUACACGCUUGCUAGAAGAGGGAGCAAAGUCGUCGU